AUGGAAUCCGGCGCCCCGAGGAGCUCGACGAGCGAGUCUUCACCUUCCGCAACGUCGACAUGGAACGUGACGACGCUGCGGCUACUAUCCUCACCACGCUGGUGUUGUUGUAGCUUGGCGAUUCUCGGUGCCUGUUCGUUCGACACUACGAACAAGGAGGACAACUCUGGUCACUUCCACAUCUUCGUUGGUGAUCUGUCCAACGAGGUCAGCGAUGAGGUGCUAUUGCAGGCGUUCGCCGCCUUUGCGGAUUAUUGGCUUUCCGGGACCGCGCCGACGCUCAAAAGGCUCUUCGCAAAGGGGAGAGGAGCGCGCGUCUACAAGCGCAAGAUGGUCAAGAUCAAGCACCAAACCCAGCCGCCCGAAGGCUUUUUUCAGCGAGAAGAGAGUUCCUCUACCAAGCUCGCAAUCCCCCCGGUGGACCGAUAUGAGGCCGAAGUCCGCUUGUUGGAGAAGUUCUGCGCUGAUGCGCACCACCAGAAUAAUCGGGGAGCUGCUUUCGCAUUUGAGGCAGCGGGAAUGCCCGACUUGGUAUGCCCCGAAGACGGCCAGAACAAGAUCCGCAAGGUAAAGGGGAAGGGCGAAGUAAUGAUCAUGGGCAUUGCCCUGUGCCACAUCGCCCCAGCAAUGCUCUAG